AUGGAGAAGUUAAAGACCGAUUCUCCCCUCUCUCGUCGCAUUGUCCUUUCUUUCUUGGACUUCCUCGAUUCUGUUGAAGCCGCCCCUGGUGUUGAUGUUGAAGGUCUUGAGGUUGCUAAGGAAUGUUUGGCAGAGGUUUUUCAGAUUGAUCCAUCUUCUGUUGAUAGUCUGCCAAAAGUUGAUUCACUGAUUGACAUAUUCAGUUCACCAGAAGCAACUGAGUGGCAUGAGAUCAAAUCUGAUCUUAGUCAUGAUUAUCAGGGAUUUUCAGCAGAUGCUCCUUGUUCUUCCUCAACACAAAAUGCUAUUGAUGCUGGCUUUGCAGAGGCACCAAAACCCAUGGUUCAUGCUUCCGCCACCCCUCUUUCUCUUUAUAAUUCCUCCAAUCUGCUUUUCUUUGUAAUCCUUAAAACUUACAGUUAUUAA